ACAGUUAUGCCAACGUCGUACGUGGCUACAAACCCAAACAGUGAAAGAGGACUCCGCCAGGGAUGCAUCAGCAGAAUGCCGAGUUAACUGGUCAGCACGUCAAAUAAAUAAACUCACCGACGUUUAACAAGAGUACUGCAGGUGAAGGAAUAAAUGUUAAGUCAAAACUGCGAUUGAAUCUUUUGACAGACUCGUCGGCAUUACUACAUUUGCACGGUGUCAGCCUGUAAUAGCCGUCUAUCCUAUAGUGUCUAUAUAGGAGGGCAGCAUGGCAGAUAUCGAGUCCUCUUUUGAGUUCAGCUCUUCUCUGACCAGCUCGUCACUGCCUCCUCCUCGGACACGCAUCUUUAAAAUCAUCGUGAUUGGAGACUCAGGGGUUGGCAAGACUUGCCUCACCUAUAGAUUCUGUGCAGGCAAGUUUCCAGACAAGACUGAGGCCACUAUUGGGGUGGAUUUCCGAGAGAAGGUUAUUGAGAUAGAUGGCGAGAAAAUCAAGGUCCAGUUGUGGGACACGGCAGGCCAGGAGCGUUUCCGUAAGAGCAUGGUGCAGCACUACUACCGCAACGUCCAUGCUGUGGUGUUUGUCUAUGACGUCACCAAUGCCGCCAGCUUCCGAAGCCUCCCAGCGUGGAUUGAAGAGUGUCGCCAACAUGCACUCGGUCAGGAGGUGCCAAGAAUCCUUGUCGGCAACAAAUGCGACCUACGUCACGCCGCUCAAGUAAGCACAGAUGUUGCACAGCAGUUUGCAGAUACACACUCAAUGCCUCUUUUUGAGACCUCGGCCAAAAACCCCUACGGGAAUGAAGACGGCACUCAGAAUAAUAGUGACCACGUGGAGGCCAUUUUUAUGACAGUGGCGCACAAGCUGAAAUCCCAAAAGCCGCUGGUUUUAAGCCAGCCACCUUGCGGAUAUGGAGAUACUGUCACUCUUAGGAGGCAAGACCAGGAGGACGGGGGAAACUGGGGCUGCGGUUGUUGGAGAAGCUAAUGAAGUGCACAUUUAAGGGGAGAGAUGCAGACAUAAAGGCGCUUUUGUGUUAUCUUUAAAGAAAUACUCCACUUUUUUGAGAAUAUGCUCAUUUUACUACUCCCCAAGAGUUAAACUGCUAAGUUUUACCAUUUUUAAAUCCAUUCAGCUGAUCUCCGGGUCUGGCGGGAGCGCUUUUAGCUUAGCUUAGCAUAAAUUAUUGAAUCAGAUUAGACCAUUAGCAUCUCGCUCAAACAUCAUCAAUGUUUAGAUAAUUUUCCUGGUUAAAGCUGUAGUAACAACAUGUACUGAAACCAACCGCACAUGAAGAGUUGCUAUUUUUCUAGGCUGAUAUGUUGAGAGGCUACAAUUAAUUUUUUGUGUAAUAAUCAAGGAGCUUUGCUGCCUGCAGCUGGUGCAAUGAUAUUACGAUUUACCUGAGAAUCCAUUAAUUUCCAUCAAUAUAACCUAGCUAGAGAUUAUUUCAGGUAGUGUGUAAUAUCAUUAUGCUUUAAACUGUAAUAUAAAUACAGUGUAAUAAAUAAUACUGUCACAAUAAUACUGUGUAAUAUCAAUAUGCCACAGCCAAUGUGCAGAAGUAAAGUUCUUUUAUUAUUACGCCGUAAUAAAUAGGCACUUUUUAUUUUGUCAGUCAUGCUACACGAUGCAACUUCAGAAGAGUGGAGUAUAAAUAAGGAAAAAAAUUUGUCAUUUUUUAUUGUGAUGCUAAUGGUCUAAUCCGAUUCAAUGAUUUAUGCUAAGCUAAGCUAAAAAUUCUCCCACCAGACCAGGAGAUCAGCUGAAUAGCCUCGAAAAUGGUAAAUCUCAGCUGUUUAACUCUUGAGGAGAUGUAAAAUCACCCUAUUUCAGAAAAAAAGUGGAGUGUUCCUUUAAAGUAAGAGUCAGGGAUGGAGGAAACGGGAACCUUUAUGAACUUAUUUUGUAUCUUGACGUGCAGAAUGUGGCCAUUAUUUUAAAGGGAAACGACUUAAGGAAAAGGUUUCCCCAUCAAUCAUCCAGAGGUUUUUAAAACAUAGGUGUCAAAAUCAGUUCCUGGAGGGCCGCUGCUCUGCAGUUUUCAAAUCAAACACAGCUGAUCCAAAUAAUCAGGGCGUUCAAAAGAAUCUUGAACAGCUUCAAUAGUUAGAUCAGCUCUGUUUGAGUAGGGUUGGAGAAAAACCGUGCAGAGCUGCGGCCCUACAGGAACUGACUUUGACACCUAUGUUUAAACAGGUUGCAUGUAAGCCAAUGUACCUUACGUAUACAAGCUUCAAUCAUUAUGCCUAGUUCAUAUGCCACUGCCAAACACGUUCACUACAUUUUCCCCACCUGAUAUAGACAGCUAUGCAGUUUCAUUGGAGGGUGAAAAUGUCAACAAAAAAAUUCCUUGCCAAAAAAACAAACAAUCUGUGUUGCUUUUCGACCAGAUCUGGUUGAGUCUGUGUUUGCUCUUCCCCACACACACAUGCAAGCACUUGAAAGAAGCUGUCUCAAGGGAAAAUAAGGCAAGAUAGAAAACACAUUAAAUGCAGGUUAUUUUUCACUGCUGCUAGCAGGCUUUAGAAGAAUUUAAAUGUAAAAUAAAGCCUUUGUUGGAAGAUAAUAUGUCUUAAAACCAGU